CACCCGGAUGUACUUCGAUAAAACCAAACACUUGCACAUGAAGAUUUGUUAAGUUACAGCGUUAAACCAAGAGUUUGUUCUCAGUUUUGUAGUUUGUGUUUGUUCCUGAGACGGGCAUUGUUUCAUGCCGCUGGUUUCUCUCUAAAAGGUGGCGUCCUGCUGACGUAUUUACAUUAACUCCUCGCUGUUUUACAAUGUCUGCGGCUCCCGCGGCUCCCGAGGUGAAGAGCGGCCAGCUGUUCAAGGACUGCUGGAGCUGCAGGGUCGUGUCCGGGGGCGGGCUGGUCCUGUCCGGGGCUUAUGUGUACCAUGCAGCGAGGAGAGUGAUGCAGCGAGGAGGCCCCACCUCCAUGGGAACAGUAGCGCAGGUGACAUUUGCUGCAUGUCUGGCCGCCUGGGGACUCGUCGUCCUCACCGACCCGGUAGGGAAAUCACAGAGGAAAGACUUGAAGACCCAAUAAACUCGGAACUGACCUUUUGACCUUAAAACUGCGCGGACUGCCGUGUGGCGUUGAUGUGGAGCUGAAGAGAUCAAUCAGAUCGAUGUGUUUGUAUGGACAUUAUAUUCUGUGUUAAUGAGGAGCUCUUGACGGCUCAUAUUAAAAUGGAAAACUCAAUGUGACUUAAAAUCUCCUGCUUAUCCUUGAAAUGUUAUACAUGCAUGGUGAUUGUACAGGGAUUUAGUUUUCAUGGCCAAAUCAUACCUGUCAAGUUUUGGACUUAAAAAUAAAGGAGCAUUUCCACCAGC